AUGAAUAGAUACACAACCAUCAAGCAACUCGGGGAUGGAACCUAUGGUUCCGUCCUGCUGGGAAGAAGCAUCGAGUCUGGGGAACUGAUUGCUAUUAAAAAAAUGAAAAGAAAGUUUUAUUCCUGGGAGGAAUGCAUGAACCUUCGGGAGGUCAAGUCUUUAAAGAAGCUCAACCAUGCCAACGUAGUAAAAUUAAAAGAAGUUAUCAGGGAAAAUGAUCAUCUUUAUUUUAUCUUUGAGUACAUGAAGGAAAAUCUUUACCAACUCAUUAAAGAAAGAAAUAAGUUGUUUCCUGAAUCUGCUAUAAGAAAUAUCAUGUAUCAGAUAUUGCAAGGACUUGCAUUUAUUCACAAACACGGCUUCUUCCAUCGGGACUUAAAGCCAGAGAACCUCCUCUGUAUGGGACCCGAUCUCGUGAAAAUUGCAGACUUUGGAUUGGCCCGAGAAAUCCGAUCAAGACCUCCAUACACAGACUAUGUAUCUACCAGAUGGUACCGGGCCCCGGAGGUGCUCCUGCGGUCCACAAACUAUAGCUCCCCCAUCGACAUCUGGGCCGUGGGCUGCAUCAUGGCAGAGGUGUACACCCUCCGGCCACUCUUCCCCGGGGCCAGUGAGAUCGACACAAUCUUCAAAAUCUGCCAAGUGCUGGGGACACCCAAAAAGACUGACUGGCCUGAAGGCUACCAACUGUCAAGUGCGAUGAACUUCCGCUGGCCCCACUGUGUGCCCAAUAACUUGAAGACCCUGAUUCCAAAUGCCAGCAGUGAAGCAGUUCACCUCCUGAGAGACAUGCUGCAGUGGGAUCCCAAGAAACGGCCAACAGCUAGUCAGGCGCUUCGAUAUCCUUACUUCCAGGUUGGGCACCCCCUGGGCAGCACCACACAGAGCCUUCAAGAUUCAGGAAAACCACAGAAGGACGGUCUGGAAAAGGCAGCCCCACCGCCUCACAUAAAGCCGGUCCCUCCUGCCCAGCCCCCAGCCAAGCCACACACGCGCAUUUCUUUGAGACAGCAUCAAGCCAGCCAGCCCCCUCAGCAUCUCAUGUACCCCUACAAAGCCGAGGCUUCCAGGACGGAUCACCUUCCAGAGGACAAGCCAAGCCCUUUGCUCUUGCCAUCCCUCCACACCAAGCAUCCCCAGGCAAAAAUUCUCACUGGCCUGGAGCACAAAAAUGGUGAGAUCAAGCCAAAGAGUAGGAGAAGGUGGGGUCUCGUUUCCAGGUCAGCAAAGGAUUCUGAUGACUGGGCGGACUUAGAUGACUCGGAUUUCAGCCCAUCGGUCACCAGGAUUGACCUGAAAAACAAGAAGAGACAGAGCGAUGAGACUCUGUGCAGAUUUGAGAGUGUUCUGGACCUGAAGCCCUCAGAGCCCGUGGGCACCGGAAAUAGUGCCCCAACCCAGACAUCCUGUCCCCGGUGUGACACGCCCACCUGGAGGUCGGCGGCCAAGCAGCACUACCUGAAGCACUCCCGGUACCUGCCUGGAAUAAAUAUAAGAAACGGCAUACUCCCGAAUCCAGGAAAGGAUUUUAUUCCAUCUAAUCCAUGGUCUAGUUCUGGUUUGUCUGGAAAAUCUUCAGGGAUGGUAUCAGUGAUCAGCAAAAUAAAUUCAGUUGGUUCCACCUCAACAAGUUCUAGUGGACUGGCUGGAAACUAUAUCCCUUCCUUUCUGAAAAAAGAAAUCGGUUCUACUGUGCAGAGGGUCCAUGUGGCACCUAUACCUGACCCUUCCCCUGGUUAUUCUUCCCUGAAGACUGUGAGACCUCAUCCUGGGCGACCUUUUUUCCACACCCAACCUAGAAGCACUCCCGGGUCGCUGCCCCGGCCUCCAGCCACCCAGCCCGUGCACGGCCGGACGGACUGGGCUGCUAAGUAUGCAUCUCGGCGAUGACUGUCACGAAGCCCUUUGUAGGGGACAGCAGGACACUCUCCCUCGGCCAGCUGGUGUUCUACCUGCAAGAGACUUUCGGAUGGUGGAAAAGCAAACACUUUAUAGUUAUUCUUCUGAACUGAGACAUUUCAAUAUUCAUUUUUAAAGUUUUUUUUUUUAAAUAUUGAUUUGAAUGCAGUACCUUUUUUUGUACAAAGUUAUUUUAUUCUAAAACUGGGUCCCAUUAUUUUCUUAAACAGCGGCAUUUUGUAUAUAUGGAUUAUGUUUUAGCAUUUUAUACAGUCAACUUUGUAAGGAACUUUUUAAAGAUUAAUUGAUUUUCCUUUGGGUUUCCAGAUAAUAUUUUAUACAGAUUUUUAAAAAUAGAAUAAUAAUGAUGCAGUAUUGCAACAGGGGUGCAAUUUAAGGCUACACGAUAAAGGGUUUUUUCCUCAAUGUGUGCAGAUAUUUGUGAAGUGGUUAAAUUUUAAAUGUGGCAUAUUCGGUACUUUAGGCUUUUUUGGACUGACCUCAGCGCCAGAAAACUGACCAUCUGCCAUUCUCAAUACCAUGUUAUUGGUUUGACUUUUUGAUACCGCUGUGCUGUUCUAAAAGUACUAUUACAUAAUUCACUUUGUUUUCUUUUUACUCCCCAGAUGAAAGAACUCUAAGUAAAUAUUUUUAGAAAUGUUUAUAACACCCUUUUUGGUGGUUGGAGAUAUCCAGCUGAAACCAAGCUAUGCCAUGAUGUUCUAUUUUCUUCCAUUUUUGAAGUCAACUUGUAUAAGUACCCACAAAAAGGAAGCUUUUCAAGCCAAAAUGUUCUCCACGUAAAGGUUAACACGGUCACUUAAACUAUAUCCCUGCCAAGAUGCAUGAUCCAAAAGCUAAGUUUCAAAGCAGCAGAAGAUUUUUUAUUAUCCUAACCCUCAGAAUGUUGCGUUUAGCUCAGUUUUCAUGGCAAUUUGGGGAGCAGGAAAGAUAAAUGGCAGAGGUCCCACUGGUCUGGGAAGUCACAGUUACCGUGAUGUCAGUGUCUGUCACAUGCCACAUUCAAAGAACUCUUAACCCUUGUGUAGUUUCUUUCAACAGUGAGAACUCUAUAUGGUGGGCAGAGGCUGUUCCAUUGAGAGGAAUGUUUACAGCAAUUUUGAAAAUGACAAAGCUAGUUUGGAGACAGAAAAAGACAAACAGUCCACUCUGAUCCACCUCUGUCGGGCACACUCGCCUCCACUCAUGGUUGCCUGAAAGGCAAGAGAGAAGGUCACCGUCAGUAAACGCGACAUAAUCUCCUGAGUAUAUUGACUCACCUUCUCCCAGGGCUCAAGUCACUCUCAUUUGGUUCCAGGAUAUAGCAAGUUGAGCCAAUGAAAUUGUCAUUUUUGUAGGUUAAAAUGAAUAUCGGCACUUUGGUACGGUUCAGCCUAAUAAGUUGGUAAAUUUUUGCUUUGACGUAUUCAUAAUACGUUGCAGCUUGAACAAAUCAGGAUGGUUCCCAAGGUGCCCUCACCUAAAAUCAGGGAGUAAUUUGUGCUUUGGAGAGUCUGGCUCAAAAAUAUACUUGACCAAGCACCAUGAUCGCUGGGGGCAUGAGAAAAGCACGUGAUGGAUGUGGACUUGAGAGGUAAUAUUUUCCUGUUAACAAACUGGCAGCAAAGCUUCAGGAAAUAAAGAUGUAUAUGUAAGCACAACGUGAAGCUGAAUUCAUUUCUGUAUUAUAUUCUCAUUAUCUCAAGCAACAGAAAAUGUGUUUUCAGAGAUGAGUCCUUUACUAUGAGGUUAAUAUUUAU